CAUUUUGCUAAUAUUGAAGCAUUUUGUUUUCCACAGGCACUAUUGACCAUGGGAACCGUAAUGUCUAUCUCGCUCCGCAAGAAGGCAGUCCUCUUCAAAGAUGGGCCGGACACUGUGGGCCACUUGAUGGAAGUCCAGACCGGUAAGAGCGCAAAAGACAAGACUCUGAAGCGCUACUCACCAUGGAGGUGGAUUGUGAAGAAGAAGAGCUCCAAGAAGGCCCAUGAGAACACCAACCAAAACAACAUUGCCCAUCUGAGUAAUGAGAACCUGGAGAAGUCUCAGUCCUUCUCCAACCUGUCCACCCUCACCCUUGAGAAGUCUCAGUCCUGUGACAAGCUGGCCACCCAGGACCAGAACACUCCAGCCAUCUCCAACAGCUCCAACAACGCCGCCUCGUUGGUCGAGAAGGCCCCCUUAUCCAACUCAAACACGGCCCCCGACACGCCCCAGAUGGUGACCGUCCAGGACCUCGACGCUCCCAGGAGGCUGGUGAUGGUCCACGCUACAACCGGCGAGCUGCUGCGCUGUCUGGGUGAGUUCCUGUGCCGGCGCUGCUACCGGCUCCAGGACAUGUCUUCCAUGGACCCGGUGCUGUGGCUGCGGGUGGUGGACCGUUAUCUGCUGGACAACUGCUAUCAGAGCCAGAGCUGCAUCAAUCCGGCCGCUGUGGUCUUCCUCUACAUGCUGUGCCGCGAGGCGGUUUCCUCCGAGGUGGCCACCUUGCACGAGCUGCAUGCCGUGCUGCUCACCUGCCUCUAUACGACCUGCUCCUACAUGGGCAACGAGAUCGCCUACCCCCUGAAACCCUUCCUGGUGGACACCUGCAGGCAGACCUUCUGGAUCCGCUGCAUGACCAUCACCAAGCUGAUGAGUGUCAAGAUGCUCCAGAUGAACACAGACCUAACUUCUUCUCCCAGGUGUUUUCUGACCUGAAGAACGAGAGCCAGAAGGAGGAGAAGAAGAGCCGCCUGCUCAGCGGUGUGUACAGCACUCAGUGAGGGACCGAGGGUGUAGGGGCCAGGGGAGGGCGGGUGCCAAUUACAGUCUGACAAUUCAAAAUGGGAGGGAGGAGGAUUGGUUGAGGGAGCGGGAAGAGGGUGAGCUUUGAUGGGAAAAGAUGAUUUAUAGAUUUUAAGGGUUAAUGUGAGGGUAAAUUUGACUUGAAAGAGAACACAAAUCGGUAGCUAUGAAUGUGUGGAGGACUGAGGCUUCAGCUUACGAUCUACUAUACCAGCCUACUGUCUGAUGUGUGCACUUCCUACUACGGGAGG